AUGCAUAUUGCCUAUGUUUAUUCAAAUCAAAUUGGUCCUUUCAGUGAACCAGCUGAAGUAUUUCGUACACAUGAAGAUGUGCCUUCCCGAAUUCCCAAUGUACUGGUUAACAGCGAUGGUCUUGAUGGCUUAUUAGUCGAGUGGGAUGCACCAGAGCAACCAAAUGGACAGAUAUUACAAUAUAUUCUGCAUUAUAAUGAGGUAAAACCAACUGACUGGUUGGCAAAUAAUGAACCUUCUGAUCAUCAGGAGUUUUCUUUCUUGAAGAACACAUAUAGGACACAGAAUAAAAACGAUAUUUCUGCGAGUAUACAAGACUAUUAUUUGAAUAGCAGCCAGUCCAUUGAACGACAUCUCUAUCAAAUGAAACAUUUAUCAUCCUCGGCUUCACGGAAUUCAGAUUUAAUCAGUUCACCUCAUUCUCAAAUGUAUGACAAUAGAAAAUAUGCAGGAUAUUAUAGUUUAAACAGAACAACAUAUCGUAUACACAUUGAAUCACUGAUUAGCCAUCAUGUCUAUCAAAUAAGAAUGUUUGCAUUGAACACAGCUGGCUUAAGUCCCGUCACCUUACAGUUAGGCUUCACGUCAUCUUCAAUAUCAGUGACUCGCGGGAAAGAGAACUAUCCACUAUCUGACAAGCAGUUUUUACAAUGGGUAAAUUUGAUUCAUUUUGGUAAGCAUGAACAAAAAAUAUUUAAAUGGCUGAAUGGUACUUCCAUUGGUUUCAUCAAGGUGCCGGAUAUUGUGAUGGUAAACGGACACGAUGCAGAAGUUUCAACUGAACUCGAGAUAACGUCGGAAAAUGUUUACUUUCUAACCAAUAAUAAAAAUCAGUUAUUCUACUCCAAUGAGUCUUACCGUGCAGCAAAUGAUUUGUUACAAAUAAUCAAGCUAAUUGAACAAAGUAAAUGGGCUGUGAAAAUCCAAGAAAUCCCUUCUAAUGGUUAUCAGACUAUGAAUGGAGACGUUCAAAUUGAUUCAUGGCAAUGGCGAAUCAUUAUGCCACACCAGUACAACUUAACCUCACCACCGCAGCUUUCUACAUUUAAAGCUUCUGAUUCUCAGGCAAUGAAUAGAACUCAAGUUACAUUUUUAUUUAAAUUAUUCAAUUUAUCAAGUUAUACCAAUUACCGAAUUGAGAUAUGGCAACCUAUUGGUUUGCUUUUCGGUACCUAUGAACACAUAGCUGAAACAAAAGUGUCACAUUCAGAACCGUCUAAAUGGUUUUCUACUGGUAGCAGUCCUCCGAAAGCGCCACCAUCUGUUGUAUAUGCACAGACUAUGAGCUCCGACGAAAUGAAAAUCACUUGGCAGCCAUUGUCUGAACAGGAUUGGAGUGGUUUACCUGGCGGUUAUUUAAUCACAAUUCAAGAGAUCAAAAUGAACACAAAUUCACUUCACUUACAGCCUAUCCCAGUCAUGAUCACAUGUACAAUGCAAAUGAAACAAUCAAUAUUCAAACCAUUCAGAGCCACUGUGGAUUAA